AUGGGAAGGUUUGGUUCAGUUGAUGGAUUCUGGCUUUGGUCUCUUUCUGGUAUGGGAGACUUCUCUGUCUCUUCUUCUAGAUCGUUCAUUGAUUUGAAGUCACUUCCGUUGUCUCCUUCAAUGACUAAUUGGUGCAAGUUGGUUCCCAUCAAGGUUAACGUGUUUGCUUGGUGUUUGGCUUUGGAUAAACUCCUUACUCGGAAGAACCUAGCAAACAGGAGUUUGGAUGUUUCGUCGAUACAGUGCCCUCGUUGUGAUUUUGACAUUGAAAACAGAGAUCAUCUGUUUUUUCAGUUGUCAUCUUUCUAA